AAAUGACAUCACAACAAUCUCAGCUAAGCUACGUGUCAACCUCACUAAAAAUUAUUACUACUUAAAUCUACCUUUGCAACAUCUAUUUAUCAAUUUACUGUCAUACAACUUGUGAAUACUGUCUAAUAAAAACCUACACAUUGACAAAAAAAAAUAAAAUAAAUUAAUAAAUUUACUGACUUAAUUUUUGCGUCACUUUUAGAACCAAUACAGAUAAAACAUGCGGCAACUGAAAGGAAAAACGAAAGAAACAAACAAACAGAAGAAAGAACGUAAAAAGGAAUUUUUAGAAAAUAAACAGAGGGUAUUUAGUUUAGUAUUACCGACAUUGGCUGCAAUAUUUAUUCUCAUUAUUGCUUACGUUUAUGUUAAAACUCGUCCAAAGGUCGAAUUUUAAAACCCAUCUAUUUUUAAUUAUUUAAUAAUAUUUAUAUAAACAUUCAUAUAUAUUUAUAUUUUUUGUUAAAUGCAUUUAUCACGAAUUAUUCAUAAAAUUAUAUUUACAUCUCUAGA